AUGACAGAAAGCAACGAUGGUCACAAUAAUUUUACUCAGAAUGCAUGUUACGAAUUCAACGACGACACGGUGAAAUCUUCAGAUAGUGACGAUGAAGAUGGUGAUAGUGAUGAUGGAGCUAAUCAAGGCUGGGCCAAUUUUGUCUACAAAAAUGAAACUUUCAAGAAGAAAUACUUACAAAACGACGCGUUAACGAUUUCAGUCCGGGUACAGUUCUUUGAAAUGAACGUUAAAAGUAUAGAAGAUAUUUUGCGUCGAUGUAGUAGCGCUACUGCUCAUUUCCAACAUCUUUCUAAAAAUUUCGCAUCGACGCUUGAGAAUCAUGAAUUCACAGAUUUCACUAUUUCAGUACGAGGCAAAGAUUAUCCGGUUCAUAAGAUUAUUUUAGCUUCUGGUAGCGAUUACUUCGCCAAAAUGUUCAAAACUGGUGUGAAAAAGAGUGCAAAAAAUCGUGCAGUAAUCACUGACGUAGAUGAGGUUGUUAUGGGUCAAGUGUUGAGGUUCAUUUACACCGGUAAAUGCGAAAAUACGAGUACGGAUAAUUCAGUCUACGAUUUAAUAGCUGCUGCUGACAAGUAUGGUUUAGACCGUCUGAAAAAAAUUUGCGAAGAUUCUGUUUCUAAAUCUCUAUCGGUAGGUAGUGCGUUGAAUGUUUUGUUAUUGGCUGAGCAAUAUAAUGCGAAUGAAUUGAAAUCAAAGACGAUUAAUUUCAUCGUUGAUAAAUCUUCUGAAAUUAUGAAUUCGACGACUUGGGACGAGUUUACGUUGAAGCAUCCUAAAUUAGUGGGUGAAGUGUGUAAGCUAUCCUGUUCUCGUUUAUUCAAGAAUAGGCCUACUUCCGGCUAG